AUCCAAUUAAUCGAUGUAAACGCCAAUAAAAUGACAAAAAAAUCAUAAACCGAAGAAUAGUUAGUGUUUUCGUGAUUUCCUGGGGAGGGAAAGAACAAAUUGCUAGUGAUUCCUGGAGAUUUUUGAGCGGUCCGUAAAGCGAAAUAAUGGGGAACAACGAAGUCUAAAAAAUUGAAAAUUUCUAUUUUUGACCUUCCACCAAAAAAAUUAUAUAAUUCUAAAUAAUAAAACUAAAAUGGAAAUUUCCAAAGCGAAUGUGACAAACAAAAGCGAUCAGUUCAUUUCGUCUUCGUUCGCGAUAACAAUGGAGGACAGUAGCUGGAUAGUGUCGAGUUCUUUCAUUAUCUUCACGAUGCAGACGGGCUUCGGAAUGUUGGAGUCAGGUUGUGUUUCCCUGAAGAAUGAAGUCAACAUAAUGAUGAAGAACGUGGUGGACAUAUCACUUGGGGGCUUGACAUACUGGGCAUUCGGUUACGGGAUGAGCUUUGGAGUGGAUGCCCCGACGAAUUGGUUCAUAGGCACCAGUGGCUACCUCCUGGAUCCCAUGAUGUCCGAUGAGCUCAUGGGACAGAUGUGUGCGGCAUUUCUCUUUCAGCUGAGCUUCGCGACAACCGCGACGACAAUCGUCAGUGGAGCUAUGGCCGAGAGAUGUAAUUUCAAGGCGUACUGUAUAUUCUCGUUCCUGAAUACUGUUGUAUAUUGUGUGCCUGCUGGGUGGGUCUGGGGGGAUCACGGGUUUUUGAAUCGCUGGGGGGCGGUUGACAUCGCUGGAUCAGGACCUGUUCAUUUAGUUGGUGGUGUCUCAGCUUUAGCUGGUGCCAUGAUGUUGGGUCCCAGGCUGGGUAGGUACGACCACGGUUAUGGCGCUCUUCCUCUGGGCAAUCCAGUCAACGCCAUCAUGGGGCUCUUCGUCCUGUGGUGGGGUUGGCUGGCCUUCAACAGUGGCUCAUCGUAUGGUGUGGCCGAGGAUAAGUGGAAGUACGCGGCGAGAGGUGCAGUCUCCACCAUGAUGGGUAGCAUGGGUGGUGGCCUGGUGGGCCUGGGCUUCAGUCUUGCCGACCCCAAAGGUAUCGACGUUCUCAGCCAGAUCAAUGGGAUUCUCGGGUCCCUGGUGGCCAUCACUGGGGGGUGCUUUCUCUACCGGACCUGGGAGGCACUUUUCGUGGGAAUGAUCGGGGGCUUCCUCACCUGCGUCACGAUGCCACUGGUGGACAGGCUGAAGAUUGACGAUCCGGUGGGAGCUUUUGCUACUCAUGGCAUUUCUGGAGCUUGGGGGGUCAUCUCCAUCGGGUUCUUCGCGGACAAUCCCCACCCCCUGCCCACAACCCAAGGCCGGCGUGGACUUUUCAAAGGAGGAGGAUGGUACCUUCUUGGUAUUCAGUGUCUCACUGUUAUCUGUUUAAGCGCAUGGUCAUUCAGCACCUCAUGGAUCCUUCUCUGGUUUGUUAAUUUAAUGAUUCCCGUUCGAAUGCCCCUACACGAGGAGCUUCUUGGCGCUGAUUUAGUCGAACAUCAAGUGAAACACACCCAGGUUGGAGUCAGUAGAGCAUUGUCAGCCCUCAGGCCCUUCUCCGGGCACAGCAUGCUUCAGGGACUGCCCUCAGUGGGACUGAACCCUGGUCACGAUUCUUAUUUAGAGAAAUACGUAAAAAUUAAAAGAUUGAAUAAAUUAUUAACAUCAAUGCGCAUCAAAGUGAAGAAGCAGAAAAUACCCGUAGACCUUCGGGGUGUUCAGGCACCAGUCAAAAAUAUCGCUGUGCUGACUCCAUUGGACAAGCAUGAUUAGAAAAAU